CCGGGGGAGGGCCCUGGCGGGGCCUGGGAUCCCCUGUGGGCUCUGGGGACCCCCGGAAUGGCCAGACAGUUCUCACCGUGGCCUGGAGACCCUUGGUAUGGCCUGGCAACACGCACCGUGGUCCAUGGCCCGCAACCCUCGUCAUGGCUUGGUGACCCUCACCGUGGCUUCAGGACCCCAACCGUGGCCUGGGGACCUCUGCCACGGCCUGGGGACUUACUUCCACUGUGUCGUGGAGGACCCCUUGCCCUGGGGAACCUCAGGCCUUUGGGGACAUCCCAGCAAGUGUGACAGCCAGCGGAUGCUCAGCAGGGCACAGGAAGUGCUCCGGGAGCUCUGGGUUUCUGGCAAUUUCCUGACACUGAGUCAUGGUGGUGCCAGUCUCGGCCCCAGGAGUUGUGCAGGGCUGGACGGCACUUUCAGGAAGUGAAACAGGUGCCAGGAAAGCACCCCAACAGCCCAAGUCCACGCAAGCCCGGCCACGCACAUCCCCGGCCCUCCCAGCAUGGUGCAAUCUCCGGCACACUGGAUGGACACGAGGAUGAGGGGGGUCCCUGAAGGCCAUGUCCCUGAAGGCCAUGUCCCCAGGGUGCCAUGAGUGGGCACAAGAAACCGAGGGGACAGGAGGGUCCUGCACCCACUGGUGCUGGGGCAGUGGGGACAAGAGGGGUGACAGAGGGCACACAGCUGGCCAUGGCACCAGGGGUCUGGGCAGUGCAGAAGGAAGCUGUGGGGAAGCUUCGGCUCUGCCCCGCACCCCAGCUCCGGAUCAUUCCCUGCUCUGCCCCACACUCUGGUCCUGGAGCAUCCCCUGCUCUGCUCCAUGCUCUGCCUCCCCACUGCACUGCUUGGGGGCAACCAACCCCUCCAGCCCUCCAGUCUCAACAGAGUAAUUGGGCAAAACUGGGCAUUGCGAAACCUGGAAAUCCCACUCUGACAACGCUUCCUUCUAGAGACUCUUGAAAACCAGCCCCACUGACGCCGGGCUCAGAGAGCAGCCAAGCAGCCCUGCAGGCGGGACAGGCAGGAGCAGGCAGCCAAGCGCCUCAGCAGUUUGCAGGUGCUGUGAAGUCUCUGCCCAGGACUCUGCAGCCAGUGACGGCAAUGGCAUUCGUCCCUGAUUUGGACACACUGGAGAGCAGCAGCCUGAAUGAGGAGACGUUGUAUGGCCCCAACUGCUUCUGCCCACAGAAGGUAACGCUGGGGUGGUGGGAGCAGUGGGGUCCGUGUGGUAUGGAAGCCAGGCUCUCACUCUGCAUCCCCUUUCCUCCCCAAAAGCCCCAACUGGACUUGGAGGUGACAUCGCCUGGGGUGGGCAUCCAGGUGACAGUGACAAAAGGACACCUUUCCAGGACCUUUCGCCAGGCUGCCGUCCUGGUGGCUGCUGUGACCAAGCUCCUAAAGCAGCCGUCGCACAAGGACUUUGCCGAUAGUGACCUUGGCAGCUUCUUGGAUGAUAUCUUCGAGCCCGUCUCCUUCCAGUGCAUCAAGGGCAGUUAUACUGGGGCACCCGUUUUCCGCUACACUCGCUCCCAGUCCUUUGACAUCCUGGACAUUGACCAUAAAUGCUUCGUACUGGAGUCACCCACCCAGCUGGUGGCACUGCACCUGCAGGGACCUUCUGCUGGACGGAAAGUGAAGCUUAACAUCGCUCUGUACCGUCCCCGGUCAUCACAGGGCAGCCCAGGGUCUGGAAGGGUGCCGGUGGCACUGGGUAUCAAGGGCUACCGGCUCUACAUGUCAUGUGUGAUGAGUGGCACCAAGCCCGUGCUGCAGCUGGAGGAAGCAGACGUCAGGAGGGAUAUUGAGAGUGUGGAGCUGACCCGCUUCAUCUUCUAUCGCCUGGACAGCCCAGCUGAGGGGACCACCCGCUUCGAGUCGGCUGCCUUCCCCGGCUGGUUCGUUUGCACAUCCCUGCAGCCCCGCCAGCCUGUCAGCAUCACGAACACCCCAGACCAGGUGAACAUUGCUACCUAUGAGCUGAGCGGGCGCUGAGGACCCUGCAUCAACCCAACCGGCAGUCACUGGUUUUCAGGCUGUAUGUACUAAGUACAACCCCCUGGGACACAACCUCCCUCCCCAUCUAUUUCAUGUGAAAUAGCAGCUCUGGGCCCCAUGGGCUCGAGCCACCCCAAUCUGUAUGUAUGUAUGUAUGUAUUUAUUUAUUUAUUGUAUCUGCCCAUUGCUUUUGUACUUACUUAUUUUGCCCUCUUAUUUAUGAUUGCUUUUAGCUUGUAUGUGGAUGGAGGUGGAAAUAAAAGGUUUUCUAGGACAGCA